UGCCAAAUGAACUCAACAACAAAGAAGGAGAAGGCGAACUGAGGCGGAUAUAAUCAUCCAAAAUGAUUGGAGAUCUUUUAAUUUUUGGCACCCUGCUAAUGAACGCCGGAGCUGUGCUCAACUUUAAACUAAAGAAGAGAGAAACUCAGUCUCAAGGAUUUGGCGAUGACUCUGGAUCAUCCAGCACUGGUGAAAACAUCAGGGAGUUUUUGCUGAGUCUGCGGUACUUUCGCAUAUUCAUUGCCCUCUGGAACGUUUUCAUGAUGUUUUGCAUGAUUGUGUUAUUUGGAUCAUAAUCCAUGGCUGUUACUCUGAGGUCCUCUACAGACGCAAAAUAUGGUUAUACAGCAUCACAGUUUUCUUGUAACAAUGCUGUGUUCUUUACAUGUUCAUAUCCAAGGUUUUUCUAGACAUAUGUAUAUUUUGUACAAAAAUGUGUUAAUAUUACUUUAUGGGGAUUAAAUGAAGUUGGAUCAAAUGGAAGUACCUUCAAAAAAAAAAGAAAAAGUUGCAUGCUAUAAAGAGGUUGAAUGGGCUUCUUAGUAGUGAUGUGAUGUUGUGCAGAGGCUUCGAAGCAUGUGUCAAAAUAAGUUACAUCUCACAGUGAAGCAGUGUCCCGGAGCUUGAUUUGUUUUGCCAUAAUUGCAUGAUCAGGGACGUCUGAAGCUUCAUCUUCGCCUAUACCCAUGUGACAGCUUAAACACUCAUGGGUUAAGGAUAUAACAAGAGAUCACUGUCUAUUCUAUACAUUUCUACGGUUUCAAAACGCUGCACCGGUCCCACGCACGAGUAAUUAAACUAGAAUGCAAUAGUAAUUUAUAGUAAAAAGCUUUUGGACCAUACUAAAGUAUUAUUUGCAAAAGGCCACUGCAUAUUGUAGUAUGUGUAAUGGAGGCCAGCUGGCGAGUGCAGCCCAUAAGCCUCACACCGAUAGCCUCCCAUACAGGAAUCGUCGGUUCGAUCCAUAUUCAGAACAAGUGGGUGGGUGUAAGGAUGUAUUACGGUUGGAAUAUGAUUAAAUACUUUUGAAUA